CAUUGAGAAGAAGGACAUCGAGGCGGUGAUGUUCCUGCUGUCGAUCCACGUGAACGUGCACUCGCGCACACGCGACUCGCUGCACCUGACGCCGCUGCACCUGGCCGCCCAGGCCGACUCCGAGAUCAUUCUGAGGAACCUGAUGCUGGCCGGUGCGCGGGUGGACGAGUGCACGCCGCUGAAGCAGACGGCGCUGCACCUGGCGGCAGAGCGAGACUGCCACCAGUGCGUGUCCGUCCUGCUCGACAAGGGCGUCGACUUCAACGCUGUCGACAACAACGUCGACAACGCCUUGCACGUGGCCUGCAAGGAGGGUCACCUGGCCACGGUGCGCGUGCUGCUGACUGAGUCCCAGAUCGACGCCGAGUCGACCAACCUGCGUGGCCGCAACCCGCUGCACGUGGUGGCGGCACUGGGCCGCGACAACGCUGCUGCCAUCUGUCAGCUAUUUCUGGAGUCGAUGCCUCGCUAUCCGCUCAACAGACAGGAGGCGGACGGCAACACAGCGCUGCUGCUGGCCUACAUGAAGGGCAACGUCAACCUGUGCAUGACGCUGGUGAAGGCGGGUGCCUCGCUCGGCAUCAUGAACAACCAGGGCGUCUCCAUCUUCAACUUCCAGGUGGCCACUAAGCAGCUGCUCUUCAGGCUGCUGGACGCGCUAUCCCAAGAGCCGGGCUGGUGCGACGGCGACUACUGCAUGGAGUGCAGCACCAAGUUCGGCAUCGCCACCAGGAAACACCACUGCCGCCACUGCGGCCGCCUACUCUGCAAUCGCUGUUCGGACCGGCAACUGCCCAUCGUCAAAUAUAACAUAAACAAGCCGAUCCGGGUGUGCGACACCUGCUCCGACGUGCUCACGCUGGGCGCCGCCAUGUUCAGCUAGGCUAGAU